AUGGCAAGCGAGGAACCAGAUGCUGGUGAGCCCGAUGUGCACAGCCUCAUCGCUGCUGCUGGAGACGCUGCGGGCAUUGCAGAGGUGCAAGCCGGUGGAGGCCAAGUGGCAGCGGCAGAAGCAGCUGCAAGGGCUGUGGUAAAGGCUGCUGAGGAGCAUGGCGUGCUUUUGGCCGAGCUGCAUGAGUCACUUGGUGCUGUGGUGGCUGAGACGGGUCGUGGCCGCGCUCUAUUGGGGUGA